AUGUUCCCAUAUGCCAAACCGGUCAAAAUCAACCCACCAUCUUCAAACUUAUCUGUAGCAGUAAAACGUGAGAAACAAUCUGAUGUGAAGAACAAACAUGCUGAGAGGAUUGCUCGUUCGGGUUCUUGCAGAGCAAGUCAAGCCUCUAUCAAUACUCAAAUAUCUAAGCCUUCAUACUUCACAAAACCUUGCUCUGAUACAAGAAGUCAAAAUGAAAAUAUCAAAAUUCCUCAGUUUCUGGACUAUAAGACUAAGAAAAGUGAUUUUAAAACCAUAUACACUGACAGUAUAAAAGAAACAAUUUCCAAGAAAUCAUCCUGCAGUACUACAUCUUUGAAUUUCUGCGACUCUAAGUAUGGAUUAAAAACAGUGAAAAAUAAAGACAAUGUUAAUUUUCGGCAGCUUUCGAUAAAUAAGACUUCUCAGACUGCAUUAGGCAAUUCUAAUAUACCAACUGUUGGAAAUACAUCACAGAAUACUUGUUCCAGGGAAAUUAAUAAAGACACAACAAAGAAGAGGUGCAAUAUACCUAAUUCUAUCUCCGCCACCUUCAGUCUGUCAGCCGGAGAUGACAGGUUUUACUGUGACAGUGGCAUAUCGUCUUCAUCUUAUUCUAAGGAUAGCGCAUGUACUUCCCCUUCAGAUCCAGCUGCUCCUGCGUCAGGGACGUUCAUUGACUCUAUUCUUCACAGAAAACAGGAACCUAAAGCGACUUCAAGAAUUCCAGUUUUUUCUGAAAAACCAGACAAAAGUCCAAGUUCUGAUUUCUGCAAAAUCCCCGAUCCUAAAAAUGGCGUCAAUAUGACACACAAGGGUUACAGACUUAAUACGAUAAGCCAAAUAACUGAUCAGAGAGAUAAUAGAGCUAACCUGAAUCCUGGUCCCUCUCAUAUCCCUGAUCCUAAUCAUGGUGUCAAUAUACAACAAUGGCAUUACAGACCUAAUCCUAUAAAUCAAGUAGCCGACCAGGUAGAUAGUACAGUUAGUUCGCUUACAAUACAAAUUGCGAAACGAGAUCUACACAAUAUGGAAAAGGAUCCAACACCUCCGUUAGGGAAUACGACAACAGCUAAACGGCCAAACAAAAUUUGCAUGGGUCUCAAAGAUAGGAGACUUAAAUCAAAUGAAGUGGAAAAUAUAAUUGCAAGUACUAUCCAAAGUAUGAUGCCAUUUUCACCUUCUGAUACAAACGAAUCGAAUAGGUACUGCAAACCAACUGGUUCUCCUAAAGUUACCUCCACUGAAGACGAACUGGAUAAUUCUAAGAUGAUAUCGUCUACCAACGGUCCGAUCAACUUCGUACAAGCCAGUGGAAAGCCUGAUACUUGUACUUUAUCAAAAAGCCUAUCCAGUCAGGUUGUUGAGAAUCCAUACGACAAACCAUUUGACGCAACAAAUGAUCCUGACCGACUUCUAUCAUCUCUGUCCAAACUCAGUCCAAAUCCAAGUUUGGAAGAUGCGGCUUGGGAUCGGAAGUACUUUUCAGAUGUCGAAAGUGAAUAUGCUGCAUUAGACAUAAGUUUGCCUCAUCUAAAGCGUGAAAGUUUAACUGAAGUAGAAAUCGAGUCGGAUUUAAACAGGAACUUGUCAGAAUUUUUGCCAUGUACCAAACCUAUAGAAGAGAUGAUGGAUGUCACAAAUUGCUCAAAAACACACUCUCCAGUCAACAGUCGCCUUUAUUCGAGAAAUCUUUUGGAGCCUGGUUACUUUUCAGAUACAGAAGCUAUUUUCUCAACUCAAAGCAAUUUUGGAAUACUUAAUGGUGCUGUUAAUUCUACAACCUAUACGAGUAAUAUUUCAAAUUUUCUAACUUCUGUAAACUCAAUAAUUCCUGCAAAACCAGUUGUUCCCAAAGGCCUAUUUGGAGACAAUCAGAUAAACAUGUUUAUUGGACGAAACCAAACUACGGGGAGUCAUGGAGUCCCCAGCUUCAUACAAAGUCCUCAAAAAUUAAGUAGAACGGCUCAGAUCCAGGAGGCGAAAUGGCCAAAACUAUGUAGCUUACAGAAUCUUUCUCAACGCGAAAAUAAAGACUUACAUACACAUUACAGUAAUCGACAGAAUAUUACAAGAAAAACUGAUGUCUCGUUUCCUAACUGCACAGUGGGUACAGGACCUCUAAGUCAGGUGAAACUCCCUUAUCCAACUGCGUCCUUGAUGGCAAAUGUAGGUUCACUAGAUGAUGUAGCUGCAAAGCAUCGUAUAUCAAGUUAUGGUAUACAGAGAAGAGGAGACUGUACUUCAAGUCUUCAUCAAAAUCAUCAUAUAAAUGGAAGGAAUGUAUUAACGACAGGGGAUUCAAGUGCUGUUACGCAGGUUGUGGACGCAGCGAGAAUUAGCAACACCAGUAUCCCGACUGAAGACCUUCAUCAGAAGACUAAGAGUCUUUAUGACCAAAUCUCCACAAUGUCAGCUGAGGUAUCACUAAGAGACAUUAUGAUUAGAGCCUUAAAAGAUAAUGUAGCAAAUAUGACGGAUCGAAUUGAACAACUUGAAGCUUUAGAAAUUAUGAAAAACUCUGAGAUACAAGAGCUCCAAAGCAUUAUAAAUCAUAUACGCGGUGAAGAUAAGGACAGCAAGUCCUCGGCCAUUAUUUUUCAACCAAAACCACCAAGGUCGGCGUCUUGUCGUACACUUCCGGAUACUAUGUACCAAGAUGAUCAAGAUGCUGUAAGCUUGAGUAGCGUUGCAAGUGGCACAAGUGCCGGCGGUCAAACCAUGCCCACAGAUCCAAAGAAACAUGACAACUGCUCCUAUUCUAUUGGGAAUAACGCUUCAACGUUGGAGACACAGACAGUCUAUACUAAACAGUCCAGAUGGUUGGGCAAAUCCAUAGCCAAAGCGUUUAGAAAACGCACAAGGUCGACUACACAAUCAACCAAUUCAGAGGGUACAAUAAAUGACACUACGAUUACGAAUAUGCAGUCUAACCAAAUCAGUCAGAAAUCGAACGAUGACAAUCAGUUGGAUCGACUUUAUCUGACAAUCAGUCGAUUGCAAUGUAGGAUAGAUCUGCUUGAAGCAAGACACAAAAAACUACAGGAAACCGUAUUGAAAUAUAAUCCUGAUGAUGAACUUCUAUGCAAUGAAUUUCGUUUGGAAGGAACCAACAGAAAAGUGUUUUUAUCAGAUUUGUCGUCUAAAUUUUGCAAACAUAGUCGUUAUUUUGUGCCAGUCCUUGUGAACACUGAAGAAAUCAUUAUUGAUUCAGAAUCGAAAAAAUCACUGAAAAUAGGAUGCGUUGGAUUACGGGAUGAUAUGACUUGGAAUGAGCUGGAUGAAGUACUGCAAGAACUACUUCAGUGUUACAUCAGUUACCUGGAUCCCAAUGAACGACUGCAACUUAAUUCACUGGAACUAAAGGCGUAUCAGCUAAAUUCAAUUUACCAAUAUCCGAAUAUAAAGAAAACAGAGAGCAUUGUGAGACGUUUCUCACGAAUCCUACCACCAGCACCGCCACAACCGUUAUUUACAACAAAUCAGAAUCAUUCCCAACUCCCUGUGACAGCAACACUGGAAACCAGCUGUCACAUAAACAGAGAAAUUUAUUCACAGUUCCCUGUUAUGUGGUUGAAUGCAACCACCAAGGGACAUGGUUUAGAGUACUUUAACGCAUCCAUAGAAAUAGAUUUGCGAGGUCGUACUACGAACUCACCAUUGAAAAGAAUGAAUAAAAUGCUACAUCAAAAUGUCAUUGAGAAAACUGACAUGUUGCACUAUGGAUGUUUUACAAGUUUAGUACCGUAUAAUACACUGAAGUCUUACUUAUCUGUCAUUGAAGAAAAUAAUUUCAUUAUAAUCUGUGGACUGAGUGGAACUGGAAAAUCACAUCUGGUGAAUAAUCUGGCCAAAAUUUUAUCAUAUGAUUCGUGUUAUUCAAAGGCAAUAUACAACUUCCGGUUUACAAAUAACAAAAGUCCAACUGUAAAGGAAAUCAAAAAGCUACUCAGGAAACAGUUAUCAUCCUUUUCGAAAUGUGGUUUCCCCAAAGUCAUAAACUUAUUUGAUAUGCAUCUUUUCCAAGGAUCCGUCUUGGAUAUUUUAAAUGUUUUGAAUGCCUCACCAAAAGGUCCAAAGAUUAUAGGUACACGUGAAAGUGCGGACAAAGAUUUUGAGAACACUUGCCGCGUCAAUCAGAUAAAGAUUAUGCAUCAUUUGCCUGACAUAAAGAGUACACAAGAAUAUUUAGAAAGAGUAUUAUACAGAAAUCUCGCUCAAAGUCGAAUGUUUUGUUCACAUGGACUUACAAACGGAGAUGUUACUGCCAGUGCAAAUAAGGAUCGGAAGUGUUAUCAGUUGAUUUUCUGGUUAACCGAGUUUUGGAAGAAAUUAAAUGAAAUCCUGUGUUCUAUAACUGACAGAAAACACUGUGCCAUUUUCGGCGUUCAAUCCACACUUAAGUGCCCCUGGAUGAUAAUGCCUCAUUACAUUGGUUUCUUGACCUAUGGAACAACAUGCUGGUUCCAGUUUUAUUUGAAAAUAUGAGAUGUGUGACGAAAGAGAAGUCAAACAGUAUAUACAGCAUAUUAUUGACUGAUUUUAUUGCAUGGGUAAGUAUUACAUGGCCAUGGGAUAGAAACAAUAUCCACUUCCCUACCUCUUUGAAAAGUCCAAAAAUAAGUUUAACCCAGAACCCAUCGAGUACUCAGAACUUCCAGCCUAUUCAGUCUCCCUCUGGUUCCCUGGAUGCGGAAGUAGCCCAAAAUCGAAGAAGCAUGGAUUCGAGAAUUAUUCUGGAUGGGAUGUACCCAGCAAGUGGUGGCAGUGGUGAUGAUGUAGAACAAAUUUCACCAAAUACAAACGAUUAUAUACAUGUGAUCAGAACGCUAUGCAGAUUAGAAUUAGAGUAGUCCAUACAAUAUAACGAUUUUGGACACUCAAAAAUAUUAC